GACAGCGCCACUACCGCGUGGAGUAGUGGUACUCCACACCGCCACCAAGUCGCCUCUCCCACCCGCAACUAGCACUGACCACGCCCAAAAUGGCACCGCCGCACGCCUCGGCCUCCUCCUCCAGAUGCCGUCUCGUCUACGUCGUCCUCGCGGCGCUCGCGGCGGUACCGUUCCUGCUGCUGCUCCUCCGCGGCGGCGCGUCCCCCUCCGCGCUCUGCCUCGCCUCCGCCCGGUCCGGCCCAGCGGCGCGCAGGCUGGUGUACCCGUCUGUCGCCUGGUCCCGCGUGCCCCCUCUCCCGGUGCUCCCCUCCUCGCCGCUCCCCGCGCUACGCGCCUCCCGGUGGAUCGUCUUCUCCGCGGCGCCCCACCAUGUGCGCCACCGCCCGCUGCCCGCCGUCCCCGGGUGGCAGCUCCUCGCCGUGACCGACGAGACGACGCCCCCCGACUGGUCGCACCCGGGCGCCGCGCUGCUCACGCUCGCCGACCAGGCCCGCCUCGGCUUCCGCUCCGUUGCCUUCCUCCCCGAACGGGGCCACGCCCGCAAGGCCGCCGCGUACCUCUUCGCCGUGCAGCGCGGCGCGCGCGUCAUCUACGACGCGGACGCGCGCAACGCCGUCCAGGGCAAUAACCUCACCAGGCACUUCGAUGUCGAUCUGGACCAGCGCCAAGGCGGCGACGUGCUCUUGCAGUACAGCCAUGCGGAUCCAAACCGCACGGUGGUGAAUCCAUACGUGCACUUUGGGCAGCCGUCGGUCUGGCCGCGGGGAUUGCCGCUGCACAAAGCCGGGGAGGUGGGUGUGGAGGAGUUCUACACGCAGGUGUUCGGUGGAGGGCAGUUCAUACAGCAGGGGCUGUGCAAUGGCCUACCAGAUGUUGAUGCUGUGUUCUACUUCACCCGGAAGUCAUCGGAGAUGGAGCCUUUCGAUCUCCGGUUUGAUGCAGAUGCACCUAAGGUCGCACUUCCUCAGGGCAUCAUGGCUCCAGUCAAUUCAGUUAAUACACUGUUCCAUUCACCUGCAUUUUGGGGGCUUGCAUUGCCAGUAUCAGUGAGUCCAAUGGCAGCAGAUGUUAUACGUGGGUAUUGGUCACAGCGAAUAUUGUGGGAGAUUGGGGGUUACUUAGUGGUUUACCCACCGACUGUGCACCGUGUGGAUAAUGUGCAUGCUCAUCCAUUUGAUGAUGAGAAGGAUAUCCAUGUCAAUGUAGGGAGGAUGAUAGAUUUCCUAAUGGAGUGGCGGUCAUAUAAACAGACACUCUUUGAACGUAUUCUUGAUUUGAGUUAUGCAAUGGCUGAGGACGGGUUCUGGGGAGAGAAGGAUUUGCAGUUCAUGGCUGCGUGGCUGCAAGAUCUGGUCUCUGUUGGCUACCAGCAGCCAAGGUUGAUGUCGUUAGAGAUUGAUCGGCCAAGGGCAACCAUUGGACAUGGGGACAAGCAGGUGUUUGUCCCCAAGAAACUGCCUGCGGUGCAUCUUGGUGUUGAGGAGAUUGGGGAAGUAAGCACUGAGAUUGACAAUCUCAUAAAAUGGAGGAAGCACUUAGGUGAUGUUGUGCUUAUAGUGCACUGCACUGUACCUGUGGACCGUGUUGCACUUGAGUGGAGGCUACUUUAUGGUCGUAUAUUCAGGGCAGUUGUUAUUCUUUCAGAGCAAAGCAAUUCAGAUCUUGCAGUCGAAGUGAGCAACCUGGCACAAGCUUACAAGUCCUUGCCAAAGGUGUUUGAUCGGUUUUCAGGUGCUGAGGGAUUUAUGUUCCUUCAGGAUCAUAUGAUCCUCAAUUACUGGAACCUCUAUGAUUUUGACAAGGCUAAGCUCUGGAUAACUAACAAGGUGAAGGAAUCAUGGUCAGAUGUCCCCUUACAUGGCAAUAAAAUUGAAUGGUUCGUUAACCAAGCAGAUAUGGUAAAAAAGGCAAUUGCUAGCUUCCCAUUUCAAUAUCAGGCCAACUACAAAAGAAGUGUCAGUGAAGAUAAGAUAAUUCAUUGCAACAGUGAGAUAUUCUACAUACCUAGACGCCAUAUUGGCGACUUUUCAUAUCUAGUUCAAGCUAUCAGAAGCUUAGACAUUCAUCAUAGUAUUGCUGUCCCCAUGUUGUUCCUUGCAAUGGAUUUGCCAAGCAAUUUUGAAUCAAAAGCUUUGACCAAACUUGUUUAUAGGACAAAUAUGCCAUCAAAUGCCACUUUUGCAACAAUAUACUCUGCUCAAGCACAUGCAGUGUACCCUAUGAAGGUUCAGAAUGAGAAAGAUUUUGUAGAGCUAAUCAGAGCCAUGGCUUCAGGUGAUCCAUUUCUUAUGGAAUUGAUCUGACAUAGGAAUUCAUUGAAACUGUAUACUUCGGGUUGGCAAGGGAAAACAAAACAGUGGUUAUUCAGUAUAUUGUUUUGCUCCUCUGCCAUCCAUUUCAGCUGUAAGUUCAGUUUAACGCCCUUUUUGUUGAGCAAGAUAUUGUACUGUUUCCUGAUGUCAUUUACAUGUAGAAUCGGAUGCAGAAGUUAUUUUAAGAUUGCAAUGUUGACAAUU